AUGGACAGCUCUUCAGAAUCAAUCGAUCCAGAAUCGAAUGUAAUUACUUCCCAUGAAGAGCUCCACAAUGAAAUUGAAAAUCUUCCUAAAUUAAUCAACCAAGAACUGCAAAUAAAUAAAGAUGUUUGAAAGCAUUACUGCGAAAAACAUAUUCGUGACGCAGGCCAAGCAAAUAUAAUGCUUAAAGAAAGAAUAAAAAUCGCAGAUCAUAAUAUUGACACAGACCCAAAAGUAGUGGAUCUUUCUCAUGUCUGUUCUUCUUUAAAAGCAAGGGUAGGCAAGCUUGAGAGAAAAUCCAAUAAAUAUAAUCAGCAACUGGUUGAGCUAUCAAAACGGUUUGAGGCAUCAAAAGACUCUAAAAAUGAGCUUCUAGUAGCAUUAAAAGUACUAAAAGACCAAAAGCAAGAACUUUAUGAUAGGUCGAAUCAAAUAAAACAUAAAAUAUCAAAUGAACAGCCAAUAAAAAUAAUUGAUGGAUUUCAUUUUUCUGAUAACCUAAAGACAAAAGAAAAAAUUGAAAUCAAUAAAUAUGAAAGCAUAAUAAACAGGAUAAAAACAGAAAUCAUUGAAACACAGACAGAAGUGGAGAAGAUCCGAAAAAACUUAUCAAUAAAUUCUUAUUUUGAAAUAGUUGAAUUUUAUGAGCAGUGCGUUAGUUCAUACUUCAUGAAAAAUGCAAAGCAUAGGAAAACUAUUCCUUCUAUUAGUCAGUUGCUAAUCACUCAAGAUUCAAAGCUAAAAUACAGAAGUCAUACCUCUACAAGCUUGCCAUCUCGCGAAUCUCGAACAUCUAGGCUUACAACUGCACCCUCAACCGUAAGAAGUGUUACUAAAUCUUAUGAGUGGAAUGAUUUCAGAAAAAUACCAGUUAAAAAUAUUGCUGACUUUGUCUAUAGCAAGCCUGAAAUAUUGAAAGAUCUGAAGCAUUCAAUAGCAAGAAAAUCAAAGUCAAAGCCAGUAUCUUCAGCAUAUCGAUCUUUAUGCGAUUUUUUUCAAAAAUAA